AUGAAGCUCAACAUCGCGUACCCCGCCACGGGGUGCCAGAAGAAGAUUGAGAUCGAUGACGAGCAGAAGCUGCGCGCCUUUUAUGACAAGCGCGUCAGCGCCGAGGUGGAGGGCGACGUGCUGGGCGACGAGUUCAAGGGCUACGUGUUCAAGAUCAUGGGCGGCCAGGACAAGCAGGGCUUCCCCAUGCGCCAGGGCGUGCUCACCAACCUGCGCGUCCGCCUGCUCAUGAGCCCCGGCGACCAGUGCUUCCGCGGCCACGGCCGCCGCAACGGCGAGCGCCGGCGCAAGUCGGUGCGCGGCUGCAUCAUCUCGUCUGACCUCAGCGUGCUGAACCUCGUGAUCGUGAAGAAGGGCGAGAAGGACCUGCCCGGCCUCACCGACGAGGAGAAGCCCCGCAUGCGCGGCCCCAAGCGCGCCUCCAAGGUAUGGGGGGCCGCGGGGCGGGCUCGCGGGCGAUGA